AUGUCGUUUCUCUUCCCGUCAUGGUCGACGGCGUUCUCGGAAUCGUUUUACGAGGACGCCAAGAAGAUGCUCGAGACAGCCCUCAACAAGGGCAACAAGCCACCUGUCAUCCAGGGCCGUAUCGAGGUUGUUGACCUCAACAUGGGCACGCAGCCCCCGACUCUCACAUUGCUCGAGAUUGGAGACCUAUCGCUCGACCGGUUCCGUGGCAUCCUUCGUCUAGGAUACCAGGGCGACGCGUGGAUCGAGGUCCGGUGUCGUGUGCAGGCCAACCCGCUGAGCCAUAACCCAAACCUCAUCCCUUCGUCGACGCUUCCGAUCUCGACACCCCUCCUCGCGUCGCAACCGCUUCUCGUCCCCAUGACACUGAGGCUCAGCAAGCUUCACCUGCGCGCCAUCCUGAUCCUUGUCGUCUCGGCGUCCAAGGGUAUCACCCUCGUGUUCAAGAACGAUCCGCUUCAGAACGUCGAUGUCUCGUCAACUUUCGACUCGGUUGAGGUUAUCCGCGGAUACCUCCAGCAGGAGAUUGAGGGCCAGUUGCGUGAAAUGUUCCGCGAGGACUUGCCCGGCAUCAUCCACCGUCUGUCACAGCGCUGGUUCAGUUCCUCGGGAACGACUGGCACAGUCGAGACCCCUUAUCGCGAUGUCGAUGCCGCACCAGCACCAUCGCCAUCGCAGUAUGGUGAUGACGAGGAGUACGAUCCCACAGCUGCUGGCGAGGAUAUCUUCGGUCCCCCCAAUGCCCCGCGCUCGAGCGAGACGAGCACGCCGCGCCGACGAGCCGUGCACCGUAUCCCCAGCUCGACGAUUCGCGACCGCCAGUCCAACGCCGGAGGCACCAUUUCUGGCUCUCCUACGUCAUACACUGUCUUCCCCGACAUUGAAAACUAUGACCCCACGUACGGACUCCGGCCGGAAGGUCUGCCCACACAUAGCGGAUACGAGGCGUUUGGACGACUGUGGGAGAAGGCACGCGGUGGUGGUGGCCGUGGUCUCGGGUCUCUCAUGGACGGGUCCGACCCCUUUGACGGCACCGACCCCAACAGCUCAUACGAGGAUGAGGAGACGUACGGCGAAGAGGACGAGGAAGAGUCACUUCACAGCGGCGAGCUGCUCGAAAUGGACGACCUGCCCACACGCAGCACACCGCGCAGCCCCAUGGCGCAGUCCAUCGCUGGCUCGGUCGAGUGGGAGUCGUUCCCUGCUGUUGGUGGCGGCAUGGUCACCCGGCCAAGGGUGUACCAUGCCCAGUCGCAAAUCCGCGCCCCGUCUGAGUCCGGUUUCGGUCCUGCGAUGCCCAGUCCAGCGGGAACUGCCGGCACGGCUGGUACGGCUACGGGUUCAGUGACUGCUCGUGCGAGCAGCAUCGGCGGAGGAUCGACCAUUGGCAGCCUACGCGGCCGCACGCCAAACUCUGCUGCGGGCCUGGUGGGCUACCACCCUCCAGGCGGCCCCGGUUCGUCAUUGCGCCGUAUCAACACUUCCAACUCGGAUGUCCACGGCGUACGCAAGCGCCCCGAGUCCCUAGCUGCGUAUGCUCUGCACCAGCAACAUGCUCUUGCUCGCCAGCAGUCCCCACUCCGCACCCAGUCGUACGGAGGCCAUGCUCGCGCCUCCUCGCCGGGCCUCGCACGCACGCGGUCAAACUGGGACUCGCGUACGGACCAGGACGUCCUGGGAUCGCCUCCUAUGCGACGCCCUGCCUCCUUGGACGCAAACCGUUCCAGGAGCACGACAGACCCGCGGCCCCCACCGGCCAUGGUUCGCCCGCGCGAGCGCACCACCUCGUUUGGCACCAACGUCGGCAUUUCCACCCGAGCGGGGCUGGCCGGAAUCACGCUGCCACUCAACAACAGCGUGUCACAGCUCGCGACCUUGUCACUGUCCGCCAACACGUUGUCGCCCUAUGCGCGUGCGCACGAGCACAUUGCUGUCCGUUCGUUCCCAUACCUGGGUCGUACACCUACCGGCAGUGCACCAGGCAGCGCCAACGGGGCCAUCACACCGGUGGACAACAGCAACGUCAAGGCGCGCCGGAAACGCAUCUUCCGCCUGGGAAGCAACAACGACCGCGAGCCCAGUCUCAGCCCCGAGAGCGAUCAGCGGACGCCGCCCCUGGACUGGGACGACGAGACGCGCUUGGCCAGCAGCUCGUCCGAGGGCGCGAGUCGGUGGAGGCUCAACUCUCAAAACUCGGCUUCGCUGCCCGUGUCGGUGGCUGCGUCCGUGUCGGUGCCUCGCGCACCUGUCAGCGCGGUCAGCGGCGCUCGAGCGAGCUCCAAGGGAUCCUACGGGUUCCCAAAGAUUCCGGAAUAG